UGGGACCUCUCCGAAGUUGUUAAGCGGGAAUCUUGUGAGGAUAGUGAGGUCCAGUGUCUCCUCCCUCCUACGGGACAGAGCGUCUCACACAUGAGCUGGAGUGGAACUUGGGACCUUUGAGGAGCAUGUGUCUGAAUCCGAAGUCAACCUGGGACAUUACUCAGCCUUCAGGAGACGGGUGGCAUUGCUUCUCAGCUCAGAGCAAGAUUGCGAUUGCGGAAUGUAUGUUGACGGUCGUUCCUGGCGACUGAAGCGAGAAAUUUGCACCGCAGGGGUUGGAUCAUUUUUUCCCAGUGAAGCGCUGCCACAGGUGAAGUAAAGGUAACUCCGGAGCAGCAAUGGAUGUGUUUGGUGGAGCGCCACGUUUCUUGGCCUACCCGAGACCUGUGGUGGUACAAACUGGGACUGACGCUGUUCUGAAGUGUCAAAUCGGUGGCGACCCACGGCCUGCGGUGAUCUGGGAGCGGAACAAUGAAAAGAUUGACCCGCAAGGCCAAUACAGGGUCUUUGAAGAUGGAAACGUUUACAAUCUCAUCAUUUCUGCCGUCACCACGGAUGAUAGCGGACAGUACAUUUGCAAAGCAAAGAACAGCAUUGGGGAGACGUAUGCAGCGGCAACCCUGAAUGUGGAGGGCGAGGCACAGGAGAUGGAGCUACGAGAGGAGAAUAAGCCGCGGUUCCUCAUCAAGCCGCUCUCCACCCGUGCAGGUCGUGGGGAAGAUGCUGUGUUCUCCUGUAAGCUCUGGGGAAAGCCACGGCCGGAGGUCGUCUGGGAAAAGGACGGCCGGAAACUCAAUGAAAUAUUUGAAAGCACACAUUUCACUGUGGGUUACCAGGACGGUGGAUGGUUCCAGCUCAAGAUUUUUAAGACUCGUGCACCGGAUGGUGGAGUAUAUACAUGCAAAGCCAGGAACGAGUUUGGGGAAUCAUUGGCAGGAGCUGUGUUGCUUGUGGACGCAGGCCCAGGACACGAGGAAGAGGGAAAUCGUAAUGGCUACACAAACGGCCACUGGAAAGGCCACCAGGGAAAACAGAGGAUCGGUAGGCAAGUGCCAAACCGACUCAAAGACGACACCGUGACCAAGUCCACCAAAGUCAAAAUGUUUGCCGUGACGGAAGGCAAACAUGCUAAGUUCCGCUGCUUCGUGACUGGUAAACCCAAACCAGAGAUAAUCUGGAGGAAAGACGGCAGGCUGAUACUGUCGGGAAGACGUUACUUGUUAUACGAGGACAGAGAAGGAUACUUCACACUUAAAGUUCUGUACUGUAAGCAGAAGGAUAACGGCGUUUAUGUCUGUGCUGCAUCCAACACAGCAGGCCAAACCCUCAGUGCUGUACACCUCUCCGUAAAGGAGCCGCCUGUGCGGUUCAAGCAGCCCCUCAUCGAUCUGGAGGUGUGGGAACGGGAUUUGGCCGUUCUGGAGUGUGAAGUUCCGGAGGACUCGGUUGCCAUCACGUGGUAUCUGGAAGACAGACGGCUGCAGCCAGGGGCCAAAUAUGGAAUGGAGGAGUGGGGAACAAAAAGACGACUUACUAUCCGGGACAUCGGAGUUGAUGAUGAUGGGAUAUACCUCUGUGAGAUGCCCGACGGGGGGAGAAGCAUUGCAGAGGUAGCUGUAAAAGGGACAAUUGUGCGGAAGCUCCCGAGAAAGGUGGACGUCCUGGAAGGGGAAAACGCUGCCUUUUGUGUUGAGGUGGAAAAGGAAGAGAUGGACAUACACUGGUACAAAGAUGGCACAGAGCUGCGGGAAACCCAUCAGACAAUUCUCAAGUCCUUUGGUCGAACUCACAUUCUGGUCUUUGUCAACACGAUGCCUCAGGAUGCUGGACUAGUGACUUUCCUUGUGGGCCGAUCCAAGACUUCCUCUCAGCUCAGAGUGAAAGCGGCCAGACAUUGUCCUCCCAGUUGUCCAGUGGGUGUGCAGAUCAACACCGAGCGGGCGAAUGCUGCUCUUCUCUCGUGGGCUCCCGCCCAGGACUCACGUAAAAACCCUCCAUCUGGAUACGUGCUUGAGCGGCAGGAGGUGGGCACCGGUUCACAGGAAUGGCUGCAGUGCCUCACCACCGACUCUGCCACGUCUGUGGAGAUCCUCGGUGACAGUGUUCCAUGUGAGGCCGAUUAUCGAUUUCGCAUUUGCAGUGUAAACAAAUAUGGAAAGAGCAACAAUGUGGAGUUCCCUAAAGCUGUUCACCUAGUUCCGGUGACCAGAAUACAAGCUCCCUUACAGGAUGCCCUGGUGCCGGAGGGACAAGAUGCCGUCUUCUCUAUCGAGCUCUCCGCCUCAGUUAUCGGAACGUGGUUCUUGAACGGCACUCAGCUUCAGGAGGAUGAGCGUUUUUUCAUGCGUCGCUCACGAACACACGAAUCGCUUCGCAUUCGAGGAGUACGUGACACAGAUAAUGGGGCGGAGAUCACGUUCAUUGCCUACGGCAUCCGGGACUCGGCAGCACUUUACAUUCAAGCUCCUCUUGUCAAGUUUUCGUCCAUGUCAGAAAUGGAUCGGAACAAGUUUGUAGAAAUUGGGAACCCCAUCGUUCUCUACUGUGAGCUGUCGGACCCGGCAGCCGCAGUGCACUGGUUCAAGAACGGGGUGGAAUUACAAACAAUGGAGGGUCUUCAUAUUCAAUCUGAGGGCACCAUGAGGAGAAUUGUCAUCCAAUCAGCGGAGUUCUCACACUCCGGAGUGUAUUGCUGCGAUGCCAUAGAUGACAUCAUCAGGUUCAAUGUGGAAGUAGAGGCCCCGCCUGUGAGGUUUACGGCAAUUCCAGAUGCUGAGAGGAACAAAAGCAUCCAAGCAGGCUGCCCCAUUGUUUUACAAUGUGAGCUCUCAGAUCCCUCUGCCCAGGUGUACUGGUACAAAGAUGGGUCAAAGCUCCUUCCUCAAAAUGGAGUAGAUACACAAAGUGAGGGCCUGGGAAGAACACUGAUUAUGCACUCAGCAGAGUUUUUCCACUCUGGGUUGUACUGCUGCAAGACAAAGGGUGACGCCAUCACGUUCAGUGUGGACAUCACAGCUCCACCGGUGAAGUUCUCAGCCAUCCCCGAUGACAUGAGGACCCAGUCGAUCGAAGCAGGCUGCCCCAUAGUUCUCCAGUGUAUGGUGUCAGAUCCCGAGGCGCACGUUUGCUGGUGCAAGGAUGAAAUCCAGCUCAUUUCAAACUCGGCCAUAGAAAUUCAGUCAGAGGGCAACACAAGGACAAUAGUUGUUCAGUCUGCAGAGCUGUGCCACUCUGGUGUGUACAGAUGCAAGACACUGGACGAUAUCGUGGAGUUUCACGUGGAUGUCAAAGCUCCAACGUUGCCAUUGUCGCCAUCACCAGACCUUGUGGAGACGCAGUCACUUGAGGCAGCGUGUCCCACUGAGCCAGCAUGUGAGCCCUCAGGCCCUGCUGCCCAGGUGUCGUGGCAGAGGGAUACACAACGUGAUUCUAAUACACAGCCUGAUUUUGAAACGGAGGCCGUCCAGAAGACCCUUGUUAUUGAACCAACUCAUCCUUCAAAGUCUGGAACGUACUAUUGUGCGACAGCAGAUGUUGCCCAAUUGAUAGUAGAAAAUCAAGAGCCCUCUCCAAAGCCUCAGCUUGGUUCUGAUGUUGAGAAGACAACGUCUGCGGAAGAGUGCUGCCCGAUUGUCCAGCAAUUUGAGAUUUCAGAUCCCAUUGCCAAAGCCUGUUGGUACAAAGACGGAACCCAGAUCUACCCUAAAAGAGCGGCUGGUUGUGAAUCACAGAGCAGCAGCCCGGCCUUGCCCCUCCAGUCACGUGACUUAUCUGGUGAUGAGAGGGUUGGCUGUGACACAACGGCUGAUGAUGAUGCACAGUUAAAUGUGGACAUGACAGCAGAGCAGUGUCACUACGGUGAAGAAAUUGGUGAGAUAGCUGAAGCAUCCGCCCAAUACUCUGUGGAUGUCCAAGCUCUGCCUGUGACAAUCACAAGACUUUGUGAGGCUGAGAGGAACAAGUCUGUUGAAGCCGGUGAACCCAUAGUGCUUCAGUGUGAGGUAUCAGAUCCUAACGCUCAAGUUGCUUGGUGCAAGGAUGGAAUGAAUCUACGUGACGCAGCUGGACAAGAUAUGGUGGCCGAGGGUUCCAUAAGAACACUGGCUGUCCGGUCGGCGAUGCCGUCUCAUGCAGGGAUUUACAUCUGCAAGACGACAGAUGACGCAGUGCAGUUUCAUGUGGACGUUAAAGCUCCACUUCCGGAGGUCUCAGCUCUAUCUGAGGCUGACCAGCCAGAGCCAGUCGUGGCCGACUCUCCUGUCGCUCUACAAUCUGAGCUGUCAGAGCCCACUCGACGAGUCAGUUCGUCCCCGGAUGGAACUGAGCUCCUACCUCAGAGUGGAGUAGACUUCCAGUCAGAGGGGAACUUGACGAGUCUAGUUGUCCCAUCGGCAGAGCAGGCUCACUCUGACGUGUACCGCUCAUCACCUGUGAAGUUCUCUGAGCUUCAAGAGAGUGACGGCAACAAAUCCGUCCGGGAAGGCGCUUCCAUUAUCCUCCACUGUGAUCUCGCUCGUGAUCCUUCCGCUCACGUGGACUGGUACAAGGAUGGAAUGCAACUCCUGCCACAAAAUAAUGUAGAAAUAGAGUCAGAGGGUCUGACGAGGACGCUGCUCAUCCGCUCAGCUGAAAUCACACACAGCGGCACCUACGAAUGUUCAACAGCAGACGACAGCGUCACAUUUAAAGUGGACGUAAAAGGCCGAUCACCACAGAUCAUGCCAAUCGCCCCGUCUGAAAAAUGCAAGAGGAUUGCAGUUGGUUUUCCCAUAAUUCUCCAGUGUGAGGUCUCAGAGCCUGUUGCCCAGGUCUCCUGGUUUAAAGACAGGGUGGAGCUUUUUUGCAAAACAGGCCUCGAUAUGAAAAGAGACGGCAGCUUGAGAAAGUUAAUGAUUCAUUCUGCUAAGGUCUCUGACUCUGGCCUUUACAGCUGUAGCCUCGCCGAUGACGUUGUGACAUUCCAAGUGGACAUCGAAGCUGCUCCUGUGAGGCUUGCAGCGCUUCCAGUGCUUCCAGAGAUUGCAGGAGACAAACUUAUUGAGGCAAGCUGCCCAAUUAAGAUGCAGUGUGAAGCCUCAGAGCCAACUGCCCAAGUCUAUUGGCACAAGGAUGGAGAACAGCUGCUUCCAGAGAGUAAAUAUGAAAUUGAAACCAAAGGAAACCAAAGGGCCCUUGUUAUUCAGUCGGCAGAGGUCAGACACUCUGGGCUCUACAGCUGUGAGGCCUCAGAUGACCAUAGAGAACUCAAGGUGGAUGUUGCAGCUGUUCCAGAGGCUGAGAGGAACAAGUCUGUUGAAGCGACUAGCCUGACCAAACCGCCGUGCCAGAUGUCCGACCCUGCAAACCGGACCCACUCGAACCAGGAUGGAGUAAAAAUCUUGCCCAAAUCGGGAGUAAACGUUGAUUCAGAUGGCCGUAAGAGGACUCUUGUUACGAAGUCAGCCCCUUCUACGAACUCUAGGGUGUACGACUGUAGAACUGACGAUGAUUCAGAUUUGGACGAUUUCUAUGUGGAGGUGAAAGCCCCACCGGUGACAUUUGCGGAUAUUCCCGAGGAGGAGCUUUUCAAGAGUGUUGUGGAAAGAGAGCCGCUCGUUCUGUCGUGUGACGUCUCGAGGACCGACGGCAUCGUCCAGUGGUACAAAGACGGAGCUGAAAUGAAACCGAGCGACAAUGUGUCACUGCAAACAGACGGCACCAGGCGAGACCUGACGAUACAUUCAGCCCAACUGUCCGACACGGGCACAUACACGUGCCGGGCAGGAGACCACGUCUUAAUCUUCAAGGUUACCAUACGAGAACCUCCGGUGAUGAUAGUCUACCCCAAGGAGGAUGUCCAUCUCGACCGUCAUGUCCCAGACGAAAUUAUUCUGAGCUGCGAACUGUCUCGUGCUAACGGUGUCGUCAGCUGGUACAAGGACGGUCAAAAGCUGCAGGACAGCGAGAACAUCAAGCUCAAGGUCGAAGGCCCCUAUCGACGACUCAAGAUCAUUUCCAGCGGAGUCGACGAUUCUGGAGAAUACGUCUGUGACACGGCUGACGAUUCGAUAUUCUUUCACCUUUGUAUAACAGAACCUCCGGUGCGAAUCGUAUCCCCGAGUCAGUCGCAAAUGGAACUGUGCCAGCAAACCUCUGAGAGGAUGGUGCUGAGCUGUGAGAUCUCACGGCCCAACGCGGCGGUGCGCUGGUACCGAGACGGACUCGAAGUGGAGGAGAAUCACAACCUCAUCCUGGAGGUGGACGGUGUCUACAGAAGACUUAUUAUACCCGAGACCACCGUCAAAGACUCUGCAGAAUACGUGUGUGACACAGCAGAUGAUUCCAUGACCUUCUUUGUAAACAUAGCAGAGCCGCCUGUUCGCUUCAUACGUGCGAGGAAGAUGUCGAGUAGAGUGGAGAAGCCGGCGGGGGAGACUCUGGUUCUAGACUGUGAAGUUUCAAGGUCAAACGCUGAGGUCAUCUGGAAGAAGAACGGGGAGGAAAUAGAAGACUCCAGGAACAUCACCAUCCUGGAUGAUGGUGUGGUGCGUCAGUUGACCAUUCACUCUCUCACAGAGAAAGACGCUGGACAAUAUGUCUGUGAUGCAAAGGAUGACGUCAUGGAUUUCAAUGUAAAAGUGCAAGAGUUGCCCGUAAAAAUUCUGGGAAAAACUGAAGCAAAAACAGAAAAGCAGUUCUUAGUGUCAGAUGACGUUAUUCUCGUGUGUGAACUCUCGAGAUCCAACGUGUCGGUCAGUUGGUACAAAGACAAUCAGCUAAUUGACGACACUGAGCGAUACUGUGUUGAGGAACAAGGGGUUUUCCGAUCACUGGUUGUCCUAAAUGCUGGACUCCAGGAUUCAGGAGAGUACGCGUGUGACGCGGUGGAUGAUAAGAUGCUCUUCUAUAUCACUGUGAAAGAGCCUCCGGUGCAGAUCAUCGGAAACUCCGGCCAUCCAGAGCAUCACAUCCUGGUGGCAGGGGACGACCUUAUUCUGGAGUGUGAGGUGUCUCGGCCAAAUGCCGCUGUUCAGUGGCUGUGGAACGGAGAGAUACUGAAACCAGAUCCUCGUAUCAAAAUCGACAGCCGUGACGUUGUGAGGAAGCUUGUUCUCUCUGGACUUCAGCCCUCGGACUCUGGAAAAUACAUUUGCGAUGCCGUCGAUGACAAACUGAUAACGCUUGUUGAGGUUCAAGAGCCACCGGCCAUGUUUUUGAAUAAAGAAGCAAGUAACAACAUCUCAGCCUGUGAAAGUCAGAGUGUUACACUGAGUGCCGUGGUGAGCCGUGAACGGGCUAAUGUUCGCUGGCUGAAAGACGGCCAACUGCUCAACCAGGAUAACAUUCACAUUUCCAGCGAGGGUAACACGCACAAGCUCACCAUUAAUCCCCUGCAGCUGUCCGAUUCCGGAUCAUACGUCUGUGACAUAAACACAGAUCAGAUGUUUUUUACUCUUUUAGUCAAAGAAAUGAAGGUGAAAUUUAUCAGACCAGUGGAGAACACUGUGUGUGCGAGGGGAAGCAGCCUCACGCUGCGAUGUGAGAUCAACAAGCCCAAGGGAGACGUGCAGUGGCUGAAGGACGGGCAGGAGAUCCCCCCCAGCCGGCGGCACACCAUACGGGCACAAGGUCGAGAGCGAAGCUUCACCAUCCACCAAGUAGUGGAUGAGGAUUCAGGAGAAUAUACCUGUGAGUCCACAGAUGACAGGACCUCCUCCACCGUCAGUGUGGAAACUCCCCGUGUGGUGGAGUUCAUCGCGGAGCUGCGGAACAUCACGAUCCGCGAGGGAGAAGACGCCGUUUUUAAGUGUGUGGUUUCACCGGAGGACACUCAGCUGGUGUGGCGCCUCAACGGCAAACAAGUCGCCCUGAAUGAGCGCACUGUCGUUUCCAGCAACGGCCUGUGCCACAUGCUCUGCAUCCACAACUGCCUGGUUUCAGAUGGCGGCCGAGUGACAGCUGACGCAGAGGGGUUGGUUUCAGAAGCCGAGCUCCAGGUUCAAGAGGAACAGGUGCUGUUCACCCAGAAAAUGAUGCCUGUGGUCGCUGAGGAAUACGGCGAGGCCCUCCUGGAGGUGGAGGUGAGCGUGGACUCAGAGGAGGUGCAGUGGAUGAGGCAAGGUGUGCUGAUCCACCCCGACGCCAAGUACACCCUGAAGCACAAGGGCCAGAAGCACAGCCUCUCCAUACGCCCCCUGGCCAUGUCCGACCGCGGCACCUACAGCUGCGAGACCCUCCACGACCGCACGCAGGCCCAGCUCACCGUGGAACCUCGUAAAAUCAGCAUCAGGAAGGGACUGAGCGACAUCACGACCACGGAGAGGGAGACGGCCUCUUUCGAAGUGGAGCUCUCUCAUCCCGACGUGCCGGGCACCUGGAUGAGAAACGGAAUCAAACUCAAGCCAACGAAUCACUUCCGUACGAGCGCCAAGGGACACGUCCACAGCCUCAGCAUCUCUCACCUCUCGGUGGAGGACACCGGCUCCUUCGUGUUCUCUGUGGACAACCUGAGGACGACUGCGAGGCUCGUUGUGAAGGAGCCCCCAGUGACCAUUUUCAGAAAACUGGAGGACCAGAAAUUCCCAGACGGAUCAGUCGUCGCUAUAGAGUGCGAGCUGUCGAGACACAACGUUGAUGUCAAAUGGUUCAAGAACGAGGUCGAGCUGAAGCCCAGCAAGGGGCUGCGCAUUUAUGCGAUGGGAAGAAAACGAUUCCUUCAGAUCCUGAAAUGUCGCGUCUGUGAUUCUGGCAUUUUUACCUGCGAUGCUGGAGACGCGACCACGUCCUGCACCGUGGAGGUCUACGAGCGCGAGCUGUUGAUUGUUCAAGCCCUGGAGGACGUGGACAUCCAGGAGGACCAGAACGCCGUGUUUGUCUGUGAGAUCUCAGUGGAGGACGUGCCUGGAGAAUGGUACAAGAACGGGGAGAGGAUUCAACCCACCAGUACCAUCAAGAUCCGCCAGGAAGGGACCAAACAUUUUCUUCUCAUGUGCAGUGUGCGAGCGGAGGACUGUGGAGAGAUCAAGUUCGUCGCCAGACAUGUUGAAUCUGUCGCUCACCUGGAGGUGGAAGAGAUUCCUAUCAACAUUGUGAAACCUCUGCAGGAUAAGACCGUGCUCGAGAAGACCCGAGGGAUCCUGGACUGCGCCGUGUCCAACUCCAGAUGCAGCAUCCGCUGGUACAAAGGCUGCAACGUCAUCCUGCCCUCGGAGCGCUUCGAGAUCAGCAGCGAGGGCUGUUAUCGCAAACUGAUCAUCCAGCAGGUGGCGCUGCACGAUGAGGGCAUGUACAGUGUCCAGGUUGGAGAGCACUCAUGCUCCGCUAAGCUGACGGUGGAAAGCCAGUCUGUGUUACUGGUCAGAGAGCUGAGGGAUGUGGAGGUCAUGGCCCCCGAUGACGCCACCUUCGAGUGUGAGGUGUCCCCCCUUGCUGUCGAGGCCCCUGAGUGGAGCUUGAAGGGGGAGCCUCUGCAGCCCGGCCCUCGGGUCCAUGUGGAGAAGACGGGCUCGGUCCACAGACUGACGCUCAGCCAGACGUCCUCGGACAUGAGCGGAGAGGUGGAGUUCAGCUCCGGGAGCGCGAGGAGCAGCGCUCAGCUCCGGGUGCUGGGUGAUGCCUGAGUGACGUCUUCUCUCUGUCGUCCACACAAACUCACGUUGGGACAUCGACGUUGUUAUUUACACAAAGUCAAACUAAGAGGUUGAAACAGGGUUUGUGAUGCAGUUCGAUGUAUUCGAGGAUUGAGAUUCAUGUUAUAUAAAAUGUGUCGUGUGUGAAGCUGUUUCACAGAGCAGUUCCUCUGUGGUUAUAUUUAAGUGCAGUUGAUUGUAAAUAAUUGUUGUGUGUGUGUGUGUGGAAGUGUUGUGACCGUUACUGUGUUAUGAAGGCUCCGGCUGAUGGUGUAUUUGUGCCAAUAAGGUCUGAUAUAAAUAUUGUAAAAUUAAAAGGCUUCUGUAGUGGGAAUGGUUAGACUCAGAGAACAUUUCAAAUAUCUAGUUCAAUAUAACCUGAUUUCCAUCCUGUAUAAUAUCUGAGCAUGGUGUUGUGUCUGUUGUGUCAGUUUUUCAUCCAAAUAGCAGUGACAUCACGCGUCACAUGAUUCCACUGCAGGACACACAUUAUAAUUGCCCCCCCCCCCUUCAUAUCCCCAUCAAAUUAAAGGUUUAGAUCCGGGCAGCAGCUCUAAUCUCAGUCUCUUCUCAUCACUUCUCCAUUGUUUAGAAAUUAUAUUUGUACGUUUUGAUGAAAUUUUGUAAUUAAAAAAAAUAGAAAAAAACGUAGCAAGGGGCUUGUGAUGUUAAUACAUUGGGCCAAAAAAAAAAUCAUGAAAAUUUCUUGAUCACCUUGAUUGACAACCAGCUACAUUUGCUGACAUGUGUUGAGUGGGUUUUUCAUUUGAACUUAUUGGUGAAUGAUGUUUUCAUAUCAACUCUGUGCCAUAUUCCAUUAUUCCAUUGGACUUGUUUCCCCCUCUCCACGUUGUGUUGAGCAUCAGGUAUGUCGGGGGGGAAUAAGUACUGAAGUGAAAUAAGACCCGUUUCAAUAAAACAUGCUUUAUUGAUGGUAGAA